UGCUAUCCACAUUUUGAGCCGAUGACAGUUGUUAUGUCUGCUGUGUGAUUUGUAGUUGGAUCUUCGAAGGAAACAAAAUGGUGAAAUAUGAUUAUGAUGAAAAUGAAGAAGCGACGACUUUAUUGAACCAUGAAGUCAAGAACGAGACUCCUCCUUCCACCAGCGCUACCCCAGAUAAACAAGUGAAGAAGCAAUAUCUUCCCCCUUCAAUAUUCCUCAUCGUUAGCAAUGAAUUCUGCGAACGAUUCACGUUUUAUGGAAUAAAAGCUGUCCUGAUCAUUUAUUUGACCUCGAAACUUAAGAUGGACCACAGCACAGCCACAGCGGUGUAUCAUUCGUUUAAUGUGGUUUGUUACUUCUCCCCAAUAUUAGGGGCGUGUAUCGCUGAUGGGUGGCUGGGGAGGUAUAGAACGAUAUUAUACAUGUCGAUUAUCUACAUGAUAGGGAACAUUGUGAUGUCAUUAACGGCCAUCCCGGCACUGGGGGCGCCAGAGAUACCGGGUCCGAUGAUUGGGUUGUUAAUUAUCGCGAUCGCCACCGGAGGCAUUAAACCAAAUAUUUCAGCGUUUGGAGGGGACCAGUUUAAACCGGACAAUUUAAAAUAUCGUGAAAUAUUUUUCUCGUUGUUUUACUUCUUUAUCAAUAUGGGAGCUAUGUUCAGCACGCUGAUCACUCCAAUAUUAAGAUCUCGUGUUUCUUGCUUUGGUGACGUAACUUGCUACUCCCUCGCAUUUGGUGUUCCAAGUAUGUUGAUGUUGAUCUCUAUUGUGGUAUUCAUACUGGGGACUCCCCUCUACAUACGAUCACCACCCAAAGGUGACAUCAUAACAAGAUUUGUUGGCUGUGUGAAGUACGCAGUGGUGAAGAAAUACCGAACAGCAAAAACUUUACGCACGGAAACGCACUGGUUGAAUUACGCCAUUGGUGUUUAUGAGGAAAGGGAGGUUAAUGAUUUCAAGGCAGCCAUGAAAGCGAUGUUCAUAUUCGUUCCCCUCCCUGUGUUCUGGUGUUUACUCGAUCAACAAGGUUCAACAUGGACGCUACAAGCGGAGUCCAUGAGUGGACACCUGGGAGCAAUCACACUUGAACCCGACCAAAUCCAAGUCAUGAACCCAAUAUUGAUUCUGAUGUUAAUUCCAUUAUUUGACUUUGUUAUUUAUCCUUUUCUUGCUAAAUGGAACAUGCUUACCACUCCAUUACAAAGGAUAGGUACAGGCAUGAUAAUAGCUUCCAUAUCGUACAUUGUGGCUGGUGGACUUCAAAUAUAUAUUACAAGUCGAGCUGUGCAUUUCCCCACUGUUGGUCACUCAGCAUUAACUUUAUCAUCUAAUAUUCCAACAACAUGCAGCAUUAGUGUUACAUGGGAUGCCAAGCAACCACCACAAGUGUUGACCGGGUCUAUGCAACUGCAUAGAGCUAUAAUUACAUCUAAUCAGUAUGAUUUUAAAGUGAAACCAAAAGGGAAACACUGUGCAUUGAAACAAACCUCAUUUAAACAUAAUUUAACAAGUGGUGUAUCAUACACCUUGUUCUUGUAUUCAAACAACAACCAAAAUAUCAGCGAGCAUUUCUAUGUGACGGCUCACGCUAAAGCUAAGAAUGGACUCGCCGACUCCAGGUUUUCAAUGGCCCUCCCCCCAACCAUGGACACGCGUAACAUCACUGUUCAUAUUUACGACUCUUAUGGAAAACAAGUUUACAACGCAAAGUUACUCAAUGACAUGUCGCCUUCUAUAUACCAGCUACUCCAUCCAAAGAUAAAAUACAAACUUCAAAUAAACCAAACAUUGAACCAAAACACAAGCGUUCUCCACCACGGCCAGUAUACUGUGGAUAAUGGGGCAAGCUAUACCGAGAUUCUCAUGCAUGGGGAAAAAGGGUACUACCUCCAUAGACUGGUAGACAUACAAGCCAACCAAGUAAACAUGUUAUGGCAAGUGCCACAGUAUGUGUUGAUUGAAUCGGGGGAGAUACUGAUAUCGGUUACGGGUCUUGCAUUCGCUUAUUCGCAGGCCCCAUUAUCGAUGAAAUCAUUAGUGAUGGCUGGGUGGUUGGUGUCGGUUGGGGUGGGAGACUUUAUUGUGGUGUUGUGGGCGGUUAUUGUGGAGAUUGAGAAGAAGAAAGGAAGCUAUCACGAGAAUCCUUCAGUUAAGUUCUUCAUAUUCUCUGGCAUGAUGAUGGUCACCACUGUCUUGUUUGCCUUUUUCGCACGUAAUUAUAAAUAUGUGGGGCAUGGGGAAUUUGAGAGACUUCAAGAAGAAGAGGAAAAAAGAGAAGUGACAGAAGAAGGCAAAGUGAGGGAACUUGGAGAAAAAGAUGAAUAAACAAGAGAAAUUCUAUUUUUAAAAGGAUUAUUAAAGGUCUUUAACUAUUUUACGUGAUUUAAUACAUUUAUUCUAAAACAUUUUCAAUAUUUUGCCAAAAUUCAUUUUAUCUGCAUAAAAAUUAAUAGUAUGAUGUCAUAGUCAAUAAGAUAAUUUAAACUAUGACAAAAAUCCUCACUUUGUUUAUAAUUCAUUCAUCUAUUUUCAUAUUGUUGCAAAAAUACUUUCUGUUUCAAUUUAAGAUAUUGUGCUGUCCAAUCGAUUCAACAUAGUUAUAUAUGGUUGGGUAGAACGUGUUUAUAAUGUAUAGUACUGUGGGGUAAGAUGGGACACCUUUAGCUCAUAAUAUCUAAAUAUCCUGAUCGUGUUUUAAACAAUUAACAACGGUCUAUGGUAGUCGUGAGGAUACGGUUUUAUAAUUCUUUGAAUGUUCUUUGUUUACUACUAAAUGGGGCGAGAAAUAGAAUGAAAAGGUGUCCCAUCUUCCCCCACCCUACUAUAUAACUGAUUAAAUAAAGUAAAUGUAAACUUGUAAAUUAAUCAACUUUUUUUGGCAGAAAUAUAAGUUGGUUAAAUACAAUAAUACCCGAUGACAUUUUAUGUGACAGAAUGAAAUGUAUUUUUAGUAAAUAUGUAAAUUGUUAAACUGUUUUUCUUUUUUUUUAACCCGUUCCAAUUUUGUGCAAUAUAAAGUAAAUCAAGUGUGUAGGUAAAGAGACAAUUGAAAUAUGUUUUCUAUGGUUGAAAUAUGUUUUCUAUGGUCGAAAUGUGUUUUCCAUGGUUUAAAUUGAACAAUACACAAAAAUGUACAAAUCGAAA